AUGCUCAGAGCCCGAGUGCCGGCUGGUCAGAUGUGUUCCGUCGUAGCCCCGGCCCAACCUGGCACCAACACCAUGGGCCCCAAGGAUGUGGAGCUGACCCUGGUGAAGGAGCAGAACGGGGUGCAGUUCACCUCCUCCACCCUGGUCAACCCCGCUCAGACACACCCCCCGGAGGAGGAACGGGAGACCUGGGGCAAGAAGAUAGACUUCCUGCUGUCAGUGAUCGGCUUUGCGGUGGACCUGGCCAAUGUGUGGAGGUUCCCCUACCUGUGCUAUAAGAACGGAGGAGGAGCGUUCCUGGUGCCCUACCUGUUCUUUAUGGUGAUCGCAGGCAUGCCCCUGUUUUACAUGGAGCUGGCUUUGGGCCAGUACAACAGAGAGGGGGCCGCUGGAGUCUGGAAGAUCUGCCCCAUAUUCAAAGGAGUGGGCUUCACCGUGAUCCUCAUCUCCCUCUACGUGGGCUUCUACUACAACGUGAUCAUCGCCUGGGCUCUGUUCUACCUCUUCUCCUCCUUCACCGGCGACCUGCCCUGGGUCCACUGCAACAACACCUGGAACAGCCCCAACUGCUCCGACGUGUGGUCCUUCAACACCACCCUCAACGACACCCAGAAGUCCACCCCGGCUGAGGAGUACUUUGAACGAGGAGUGCUCCACCUGCAGGACAGUGAAGGCAUCGAUGAUCUGGGCCUGCCACGUUGGCAGCUGACCUCCUGCUUGGCAGUGGUCAUUGUAGUUCUCUACUUCAGCCUGUGGAAAGGUGUCAAGACAUCAGGGAAGGUGGUGUGGAUCACGGCCACCAUGCCCUACCUGGUGCUGACUGUGCUGCUGCUGCGCGGCGUGACCCUGCCCGGAGCCAUGGAUGGCAUUAAGGCCUACCUCAGCGUUGACCUCAUCAAACUCUGCGAAGCCAAGGUCUGGAUCGAGGCAGCCACACAGAUCUGUUUCUCCCUGGGCGUGGGGUUUGGUGUGCUAAUAGCCUUCUCUAGCUAUAACAAAUUCAGCAACAACUGCUAUAGGGAUGCCAUCAUCACAACCUCCAUCAACUCUCUGACCAGCUUCUUCUCAGGCUUUGUCAUCUUCUCCUUCCUGGGCUACAUGGCCCAGAAACAUAACGUGGCACUGGACAAGGUGGCCCAGGAUGGGCCUGGAUUGGUGUUCAUCAUUUACCCAGAAGCCAUUGCUACCUUACCCGGGUCAUCGGUCUGGGCUGUCAUUUUCUUCAUCAUGCUGCUGACACUAGGAAUAGACAGUGCUAUGGGAGGGAUGGAGUCAGUAAUCACUGGACUGGUGGACGAGUUCAAGUGUCUCCACAAGCACCGGGAGCUCUUCACCCUGUUCAUCGUGGUGUCCACCUUCCUCAUCUCCCUCUUCUGUGUCACCAACGGAGGUAUCUAUGUGUUUACCCUGCUGGACCACUUUGCUGCUGGAACAUCGAUUCUUUUUGGAGUGCUUAUUGAGGCCAUCGGUAUUGCCUGGUUCUAUGGAGUGGACCGCUUCAGUGAUGACAUCGAAGAGAUGAUUGGACAGAGACCAGGCCUCUACUGGAGACUGUGCUGGAAGUUUGUUAGUCCCUGCUUCCUCCUGUUUAUGGUGGUUGUCAGUUUCGCCACAUUCAACCCUCCGACCUAUGGCCCGUACACCUUCCCUGUGUGGGCCAACAUGAUUGGCUGGUGCCUUGCCAUAUCCUCAAUGUCAAUGGUGCCUCUGUAUGCCAUCUACAAACUCUGCACCAUACCUGGGAAGUUCUGUGAUAGGCUUGCGUAUGCCAUCACUCCUGAGACGGAGCACCAUCUAGUGGACAACGGUGAAGUUCGGCAGUUCUCGCUGCAUCACUGGCUGGUGAUUUGAGUUCUGCAGUGAGAUGGAGGACUGUUCUCACGCAGAAAGAAGCCUGGCACAGGAAAAACCUGUUGACAUGAUGGCAGUGCAAGUGCUAACACAACCGUUAAAAAUUGUAGUGGUCUUUAAUUUAGUCAAUGGACGUGUGACUGUGCAGUGACCUUGAUGACAAUGUUGUUGUCAAAACCAAAACCUAAACAGCAAGUCCAGCAAUGGAUUUGAAUCAUAAAUAUUUUAGCUUAUGUUUUUAAAGAUUGUUAAGUGUAUGACAUUAAUUUUGCAUGAGAGCAUUAAACUUUCACAAUUGUUUUUAUUAUCUGAACAUGUAUUGUUCAUCUUAAAGCUCAACUAUAGUCAUUUUUAAUGAUCCCUGGGAAUAGAUCACAGUGAUUGCAUUUUUGCUUCCUGCUGAUGAUAGUCUAUCAUACUUUGCUGUUUCCUUCCUUCCUUAAUGUUGAUAUUCAGUUCAUAGACAGAUCACUAUCUAAAACAAAGUAGUGCAAUACUGUAGUUGUAUAAUCAAAUUGACCAAAGAUCAAAGUUUACUCCUAUUUAUAUUACGAUCUAUAAUUUCUUCACACACAUUUCAUUUAUUUUUGAUUAUGUGUUUUAUAUUAUGUCAUAUUUACCAAUGUCAUUGUUUGAAAACGAACAUCACCUUCAUUUAAAGGUGCAGUCAGCAACAAGUUCAGCAAUUACUUAAUUGCAAUGUUCACUAACUUUGUAGAAUGUUGUUCACAUU